AACCGCGGUUCUAUGUUGUCCCAUCUGACGAGACAUCGCCUCCAGACUUGCUUCUAGCCUAUAAACUCUCAGCUCACAACUCAUUCCGCUACCGAUUAGUCGCUUCACGCUACCAUGACCAACACGGACGACGAACGAAUUGCAGCUCUUCAAAAGUUCACCGCUUGUGAUAUUUCGGAUGCACUCGUGAAGCUCAAAGUGCCCGGGGCUGGCUUCCUACCUGAUCUGCAACUGCUGGGCCAACCGAACCCCGCAGAUGCUCCCAUCACCAUAGCACCAGCAUCCACGAUACUUUUUGCUCGAAAGGGGGAGACGUUGGAUUCGCCCACGGCAAACAUUCCCAAAAACACUCACUGGGCUGAUAUCACCCAGCCGGGUACCAUCGUGAUCAUCAGACAGCCCGACGGGCAGAAGAAUGCCGUCUGCGGAGGUAUCAUGGCUGUGAGGAUGAAGGUUCGGCAAGCGAAGGCGAUCGUGGUAGUAGGCCGUGCCAGGGAUCUGGACGAACUAACCAGUACGGGUCUACCGGUCUGGGCAAGGGGACUCUCCACGGUUGGCGCCGGGGCAGAGAGCACCCCUUGGGCGGUCGAAGUACCUAUCAACGUCGAUGGCACCGUCGUCAACCCUGGUGAUCUCGUUUUCGCUGAUCCGGUGAACGGCGUUGUCGUCAUCCCCAAGGAUAAAGUCGACCAGGUGCUGGAGCUUCUCCCCAGGCUUACAGCUGCCGACGACAAGGUCAAGGCAGACGUGCUAAAUGGCACAUCGGUGUUUGAUGCCUUUAAGACGCACCGGAGCAAUCUCUAAAUCCAGUUGAAGGUUAUGACCGUACCUUACCGGGAACUUUCGGACUCGACUAGAUGAUGAAAUCCUGUGGGUUGCAAAUCAUUUGCUGCAUCGGCAGAGAUGUCUCACUCAGAUGAAGAUACUUACUCCUACAUCG